UUUGCCGAUGAGGAAAGUGUGAAAGAGGCGCAGUCGCCACCACCGGUGAGCGCACAGAGUACUGACCACACGCGGGACACUUCUACUCCAGAGCGACUACGUCCCAACGACCUAGGACGGACUUUAUCCAACGAUUUAUUCAACUAUUUAUUUGGCUGCUGAUUCCUCUCUGUUUCGUCCAUCGGGCGUACUAUUCUUCAUAGGUGGGCCAGGAGAAAAGGAAAAAAAGACGCAACUAUGGCAAAAGCAAGGCUGACUCCCCCGGAGUGUGUAAUGAUAAAUUACAAGAAGUAGACUCUCGCCUUGCCAUUCACCAGAGAGGAUAUCAUAUUUGACAGCUCAAGGGACGUAAACAAAACAUGCGCUCCUCUUAGUGAAAACUAGAAACUGUUUCCGGAUUAAGUGGUGGCACAUUUUCUAUAACGCUCCUUUCUCUGAGAGGACUGUCCACUUGGUCCGUCUCAUGAAGUCAUGCUCAUGCUUCGGUCGAGGAGUACAGUAUUUAUUAUUCUAUGACGUAGGGCACAGUGAUUGUCGUCCGUUUUGUCGGGACUCGUGGACUUAGAGGUCCGCAUUGGCGACAGAAAGUCCAAAAACUUCAGGGGGAUAGAGCAAAGAUGCCGGUUCGACGGGGUCACGUGGCACCACAGAAUACUUUCCUCGAUACUAUCAUUAGGAAAUUUGAUAGUCAAUGUCGUAAGUUCAUCAUCGCCAAUGCCCGGGUGGAGAACUGUGCCAUCAUAUUCUGCAACGAUGGCUUCUGCGCCAUGUGCGGCUACUCGCGAGCAGAGAUCAUGCAGAAGCCCUGUACCUGUAACUUCCUGUACGGUCCUCAAACCAAGCGGUUGGCCAUCGCCCAGAUGGCCCAAGCACUGCUGGGCUCGGAAGAGAGGAAAAUGGAGAUCAACCUGUACAGGAAGGACGGCGUGUGUUUCCUGUGUCUGGUGGAUGUGGUGCCGGUGAAGAAUGAGGAUGGCCUGGUGAUCAUGUUCAUCCUCAACUUUGAAGUCAUGUCAGACAACAAACAGCCCAACCAGAACCUCAACCACAAACUUCCCCCGUGGCUCCCCACAGGCCGGCCACGUGGCUUCAAGCUCCGUCUGCCCUCACGCCGCUCACUCAGCAAUAGCAAGGCUUCUCUGGACGACCCGGAGCCUGGGUACCUCCCAGCCCCCAGCCACCCCAGCCACAAGUCCCUGGCUUUGGGAGAGCUGCUCUCCCUGCCCCCCUUAACUCUGGAGCACCAGAGAUCCAACAGUGGAAGCAGCAGCACCAGGCCGGACCUUCUGUGGCCCGAGGACCAGCGCACCUUGCUUGGCCCAGAGCCUGCAACUUCCUCGAUGCCCCUCGGCCAGUCGUCGCCCCGCAUCACCCUCCGGAUGUUUAACCCAGAUGCCUCGGUGUCCAACUGCAGCCUGUCACACAGCCGCUCCCGCGAGAGCUUCCACAGCUUACGGCGGGCGUCGUCGGUGGAUGACAUCGAGGCCAUGCGGCCUCCGUCGUGUCGGAAGUACAGCACGGUCGGACCCAUCCACAACAGCACAGGGGCGGUGAACAACAAGUCCAACAUCCUCAACUCCACGUCUGACUCGGACCUCAUGCGGUACCGCACCAUCAGUAAAAUCCCUCAGAUCACCCUGAACUUCGUGGACUUCAAGGCGGACCCCCUGAUCACGCUGCCCGGGGGGGACAUGGACAUCAUAGCCCCUUGCAAGCUCAUCGACCGCACACACCACGUCACCGAGAAAGUCACUCAGGUGCUGUCACUGGGUGCCGACGUCCUCCCAGAGUACAAGCUCCAGGCACCUCGUAUCCACAAGUGGACCGUCCUCCACUACAGCCCCUUCAAGGCGGUGUGGGACUGGCUCAUCCUGCUGCUGGUCAUCUACACGGCCAUCUUGACCCCUUACUCCGCCGCCUUCCUCCUCCACGACCAGGAAGAGGCAGCCAUGUUGAACUGUGGCUACUCGUGCUCGCCGCUCAACGUGGUCGACCUCAUCGUGGACAUCAUGUUCAUCGUGGACAUCGUCAUCAACUUCAGGACGACAUACGUCAACACUAACGACGAGGUGGUCAGCGCCCCGCUGAGGAUAGCGAUCCACUACUUCAAGGGCUGGUUCCUCAUCGACAUGGUGGCGGCCAUCCCCUUCGACCUGCUCAUCUACCGCAGCGGAGAGGAGACGACCACUCUGAUUGGCCUGCUGAAGACAGCCCGCCUUCUCCGGCUAGUCCGCGUGGCGAGGAAACUGGACCGCUACUCAGAGUAUGGCGCCGCCGUCCUCUUCCUGCUCAUGUGCACGUUCGCCCUCAUCGCCCACUGGCUGGCGUGCAUCUGGUACGCCAUCGGCAGCGUGGAGCGCAACGGCAGCAUCGGCUGGCUCCACACACUGGGCGAGUCGUUGGGGAAACACUACAACGACACGGUGCGGGGCUCGGGCCCCUCCAUAAAGGACAAGUAUGUCACCGCCCUCUAUUUCACCUUCUCCAGUCUGACCAGCGUGGGCUUUGGCAACGUCUCCCCCAACACCAACUCUGAGAAGAUAUUCUCCAUCUGUGUCAUGCUCAUAGGAUCACUGAUGUACGCCAGUAUUUUUGGUAAUGUGUCGGCCAUCAUCCAGAGGUUGUACUCGGGUACGGCCAGGUACCACACCCAGAUGCUACGGGUCCGAGAGUUCAUCCGUUUCCAUCAGAUCCCCAACCCACUGAGGCAGCGGCUGGAGGAGUACUUCCAACACGCCUGGUCCUACACUAACGGCAUUGAUAUGACCGCUGUGUUGAAGGGGUUCCCAGAGUGUCUCCAGGCUGACAUAUGCCUCCACCUUAACCGUACCCUCCUGGAGAACUGCAAGGCCUUCAAGGGCUCCACGAAGGGCUGUCUGCGGGCCCUGGCCAUGAAGUUCAAGACCACCCACGCCCCGCCUGGCGACACCCUGGUGCAUGCCGGCGACGUGCUCACCGCCAUCUACUUCAUCUCCCGUGGCUCCAUCGAGAUCCUCAGAGGCGACGUGGUGGUGGCCAUCUUGGGGAAGAAUGACAUCUUUGGCGAGCCUAUCAACCUGUACGGGCGGGCUGGAAAGUCCAAUGCUGAUGUGAGAGCUCUGACCUACUGUGACCUUCAUAAGAUCCACAGAGAGGACGUCCUGGAGGUGUUAGACAUGUACCCAGAGUUCUCUGACCACUUCUGGAUGAACCUGGAGAUCACCUUUGACCUCCGGGAUGCCAAUAUGAUUCCAGGCUCUCCAGAAAGUAACAACUCAGACUGUGUAGGAUUCAACAAACUGCGCAGACGCAAAUUAUCCUUCCGGCGCCGGACAGAGAAGGACGACGCCGAUGCAGGAGAGAAUAAAAAGGAGAGAUCCAACAAGCCAGUUCAGCGUAGACGGAAGGAGGCGGCCAGUAAGCAGGGGGUGGGUCUUAAGCCAGACUGGGAGGGACCUCGGAGUUCAGUGUCCACCCACUCCAGCAGUGGCGAGGGGGAGGAGUCUGUGGUCACAUGCCCCGGCCCUCAGUCAGCUCUGCAUGAGAUGUCCCCGGCUCAGGCCACCUCUCUGAUCUUUAGGGACAAUCCCGAGGGGGAGGGGGAGGGGGACCACAAGGGGGGCAACACCUGCAAUGCACUCUCAGGAGCAUUUUCAGGGGUCUCAAACAUCUUCAGUUUCUGGGGGGAGAGUCGGGGCAGUCGUGAGUACCAGGAGUUGCCUCGCUGCAGCCUGCCUUCCUCCCCCCCUCUCAACAAUAUCAGCCGCAGGCAGCGCACCGAGCUGGACAACAGACUAGACCUGCUGCAGCAACAACUCAACAGGCUGGAAACGAGGAUGUCGACAGACAUCGGGGAGAUCAUGCAGCUACUACAACGUCAGGUGGCCCUUGUGCCCCCAGCCUACAGCACCGUGUUGACUGCCCCUCAGGCCUCCCCCUACCCUGGUCCCGGACCUGGUCCUGGUCCCGGUCCCGGUCCUGGAUACAGGCUGGUGCAGCCUGUCACCACCCUGGAGUCAGAGGCACUGGCUUCACUCUCUCAGGGCUUUGAGGAGUUCCCCGGCAAGUGCCCAGCCCUGCGGGCUGUCCGCAGCCCUGCUGAGCUACACCCCGAAGACUGGCCUCUGGUCAGCCCAGCUGAGACACGACGAGCCCCCUCUGGACUGGGCAGCCUGGAGCUAGACCUAGGGGUUGAGGAAAGGUUGGGGUCAGGGGUGGGGGCAGGUUCAGGUACAGGGUCAGUGGCAGAGUUGGGGGCAAUUGCAGGGGCGAGUGGGCUGGACCCUGAUGCCCAACGGAGGCUCUCUCUGCCUCAGCCACAAAUGCACCUGGACUCACAGACACUGAAAAGGCACAGCUCUGACCCUAGGGGGAGCUAA